UCGCGAGAUACUUUUAUUAUAAUUCUUUUUAUUAUAAAUCUGAUUUAACGAAAAUUAUACUUAAAAUCAUUUCAUUGUCAGUUUCGUUCAAAUGAAAAAUGAAGCUAAUUAUAAUUCUAAGCGUUUUGUUGAUCGCACUUUUGACACCGAUUUUCGGGCAAAUGUUCUAUCCGAAGCAUAAAGUCGUGAAAAAGUAUCAUUUCAUGAUGUUUAAGGCAAAUUGGCAUAAAGCUUUACUUCAUUGUCGUUCCCUUGGCAUGAAUUUGGUGAGCAUUUCAUCGAAGGAAGAAAACGAACAAGUUAUACAGAAAAUUAAAGACGAAGGUUAUGCUGGAAGUGUUUUUUGGACAUCAGGAACGAAAUUGGGUGAUAAUGUUACGUGGGAAUGGGCGGGCAACGGUAAACGAGUCACCUUUACUAAUUGGGCGCCUGGUGAACCAAACAAUCAUGGUGAUGAUGAAAAUUGCAUUCUUAGCAGUGAAUCGGUCUGGGGACCAAAUAGUACUCAAAAGUGGAAUGAUGAUACGUGUGACUAUGAAUGCCCUUUUAUUUGUGAACAAGAUGUGUUUGAAUAUGAAUAUUGUUCAAAUUAAACAAAAUUAUUCUUAUUUUUCGGAAAAACUAAAUAAAUGAUACGGAUGAUGACUUAACUGUGAAAUAUAAAUGUCGUUAAAAUAUAUAGCAAACAUGAAUCA